AUGCUCAUCCCCAUGUCCCACCUGGACCUGGUGGUAUCAGGGAAAGAAGACUCCAAGUGUCCUGCAGGUCAUGAGAUUGUGGCCCAAAGACUCCUGGAGUUUGUCCUUGGAGGCCAGGAUCAUGAUGAGGUCGUGACCCACGUCGAUGACCAGAUCUUCAGCUCACAGGCUGAUCUUUUUGCAGAAGGACACGGAUUUCUCUACAAAACAUUUGGGAUCCGGCCACAGUUCUCCUGGCAGGUGGACUCACUUGGCACUUCUGCCACGACCCCCACCCUGUUUGCCCUGGCGGGCUUCAGUGGCCACAUCAUCUCCCGGAUCGACUAUGACUUGAAAGAGGCCAUGCAGAAGGACCAGGAGAUGCAGUUCGUGUGGAGAGGAUCCAGGUCCCUGCUGGCGCAGCAGGAAAUCUUCACGCAUGUCCUGGAUGAGAACGGCUACUGCUCUGAAGGGUUUUUCUUCCAAGAUCAAUGCACUGAUGAGAGGUUCACCCCCAGUGACAUGCCUGAGGACAACAUUCAAAUGUAUACCAAGAAACUGUUGAACAAUGCGCGGGAACGAUUCAUCUGGUUCCAGACAGGACAUGUUCUCUGGCCAUGGCGAUGCAACAGGCAGUUCUUCAAUGCCUCAGUGCAAUUUGCCAACAUGGACCGUCUGAUGAACUACAUCAACAGCCUCACACCCAAGACUGGUAUCUUCUUUGAGUAUGCCACGCUGAGCGACUACUUCCAAGCCAUACACUCAAACAUGUCAGGGCCUGUCUGAAACCACUGAAACUUCCUGCCCUAUACCUCAGAUACGUUCCAUUCCUGGACCGGGUUCUACGCCUCCCGCAGCGGGCUCAAGGGGCUGGCGCGGCGAGCCAGCGCUCUGCUCUACGCCGGGGAGUCCAUGUUCACACUCAUGUUGGCUCCACACCGGUUCCUGGACCGGGCCUGGGCCCUGCAGCAGCUCCAGAAGCUCCGCUGGGCGGUCUCCGAGGUCCAGCACCAUUACGCCACCACAGGGAUUCACACCCCCAACGUGAGAGACAUGUUUGUGGAGCACCUGAGCACCGGGAUGCAGGGGGUACGCAAGCUGAUGGCCUCCAUCAUCCAGGACAGGUCCCUGGCCCUCUCUGGCCCAGAGCCUGGGGGGCAUUUUGCUGUGGUCUAUAAUCCCCUGGCCUGGACAGUCACCACCAUCGUCACCCUGACUGUGAACUUCCCUGAGGUCAACCUCACAGAUGAGACAGGCAACCCCGUGCCUGCACAGGUCCAGAACUCAAAGAAGAUGCCAUCUGCCUAUGACCUGCUUGUGCUGACAACGAUCCCAGGACUCUGCUACCAGUAUUACAUCAUCAGGCCCAUGAGGAGGGCCCAGAAGGACACUCAGGAGACUGGGGCCUCCGUGGACAGCACCAACCAGUUUGGCUGCAGACCCAGGACAAAUCGUAGGCAAGUGGGCAGACAUGUGGGGAAUGACUGCUACACCAUGUUCCUGGGCAAGGACACCAACCUGAUGCACAGCAUCUGGGAGAGGCAGAGUAACCAAAACAUCCAGGUGACCCAGGAGUUCAUGAAAUACCACGGUAACAGUGAUGAGGGUCAGGUAUCCAUUUCCGAUAACUACGUGUUUGCUCCUAAUGGUACAGCGAAGCCAGCCUGGGUGGCUGUGGAAAUGGAGAUCCUGGAGGGGCAGCUCUUGACCGAGAUCUGGCAAUGCUUCUACAGGACGGUGAAUGACAGGGACCCUGCGUACACUAUCUACUCCCGGCUGGCCCGCGGGCCCCCGGGCGCUGACGGGGAGCUGCUGGGUCACCGCAUAGAGCAGGAGUACAGGGUGGGCCCCUUGGAGCUGAACCGCGAGGCCAUCUUGAGGACCAGCACCAAUCUCAUCACCGGGCGGGUCCUCUACUCCAACAACAACGGGUACCAGACGCAGCGCAGAGCCUACAAGCGGUACAUGGCGAACACUAUAGCUCGGAAUUACUACCCCACGACUCCGUCGGCCUUCAUCCAGGACAGACAGAGCAGGCUGGUGCUGCUGUCGGAGCAGGCGCACAGCGUCUCCAGCCAAGGGAGCGGGCAGAUGGAGGUCAUGCUCCAUCGGCAGCUGUUGAUCAAACAGCAGUGGGCCCUGUCUGUCAACGUCAUGCUGAACGACACCUCGGUUAUCCACUCGGUGCUCUGGCUCCUGCUGGGACCCUUGACCCUCAUCAGGGACCUCGGCCAGAGGAGCAGGGUGACGCUGCAGCACAGACCCGUGGUGCUGCUUCGAGAGCUGAGCGAGACUACCCGGGUUCACCCGGACUUCCAGCAGCAGGAAGCUGUGACGCUGCCUCCAAGUCUCCACCUGCAGAUCCUCAGCAUCCCAGGCUGGAUGUACAACUCAAACCACACAAAGCACCUGCAGAAUCUUCAGAAAGGCCAUCAAGGACAGGCCAAAGUGGACUUCUGCCGAGUCCAGCUGCGGCUUCACCACCUGUAUGAGAAGGGACAGCACCCUGUCCUGUCUCAGCCUGUGACAGUGACUCUGCAGCUCGGCACCUGGGGAGACCAGCUCCUCCUCGGCCUCAGUUCCCUCAUCUGUAAAAUGGGGCUGCCCAUCCUGUCUAUCCUGUCCAUCCCUGGUGGCUCAGCUGGUGGCGCACACCGUCCCUUGCCACCCCACAGAGGCCCUGACAUCACCAUCCACCCAAAGGAGAUCCAGACGUUCUUCAUUCACUUUCAAGAGCAGUGA